AUGAUCCCAGCCUCCAACAAGGCCUUCGUGGUCAACAACCUGGUGUCUGGGACGGGCUACGACUUGUGUGUGCUGGCCAUGUGGGACGACACUGCCACGACGCUCACGGCCACCAACAUCGUGGGCUGUGCCCAGUUCUUCACCAAGGCUGACUACCCACAAUGCCAAUCUAUGCACAGCCAGAUCCUGGGGGGCACCAUGAUUCUAAUCAUUGGGGGUAUCAUUGUGGCCACCCUGCUGGUCUUCAUCGUCAUCCUCAUGGUCCGGUACAAGGUUUGCAACCACGACACCCCAGGCAAGAUGGCAGCAGCCACGGUCAGCAAUGUGUACUCACAGACCAAUGGGGCCCAGCCCCCACCUCUGGGUGGGAUACCUGUCGGGCAGCUUCCCCAGGCACCACCCAAGGUUGUGGUGCGGAAUGAGUUGAUGGACUUCAGCACCAGCCUGGCCAGGGCCUGUGACUCUUCUUCCUCCAGCUCCCUGGGAAGCGGGGAAGCUGCAGGCCUGAGCCGGGGUCCCUGGAGGCUCCCACCCCCUGCUCCUCGCCCCAAACCCAGCCUGGACCGCUUGAUGGGAGCCUUUGCCUCCCUGGACCUCAAGAGUCAAAGGAAAGAAGAACUUCUAGACUCCAGGACUCCAGCAGGCAGAGGGGCAGGGACAUUGGCCAGGGGCCACCAUUCAGACCGAGAGCCACUCCUGGGGCCCCCGGCCACCCGUGCCAGGAGCCUUCUCCCUUUGCCCCUGGAGGGCAAGACCAAAAGAAGCCACUCUUUUGACAUGGGAGACUUCGCAGCUGCAGCUGCAGCUGCUCCUGGUGGCUACAGCCCCCCUAGGCGGGUCUCAAACAUCUGGACGAAGCGCAGCCUGUCGGUCAAUGGCAUGCUCUUACCCUUUGAGGAGAGUGACCUGGUGGGAGCCCGGGGGACAUUUGGCAGCUCAGAGUGGGUAAUGGAAAGUACUGUGUAGCUGGGGUAGGAUCACCCUUUCUCCCACUCUCAGUGGGAGAAGAAGGGGACAGAGUCAGCACUGGCGAGUAUUUGUGGAGUUUCCAUGGUGAUGUUUACAUCCAGGGACAGUCUUGUCUCCCUGUCAACAGCCUCAUGUCCUUCUGCCCAGCUGCACCCUUUCCCCAUGUCACCUUCCCAAGCCUGUCCCCACCACCCAGCGGGGUGUGCUCAGGGAAUGGGACUCGCUCAAGUGUCAGACUGAGCCCUGAGUGUUUGGAGAGGCAACACACUGCCUCUCUAUUCACAAAUGUAGCGACAAGCAAGCGGCUUUGGAUUGCUUAUGGAUCCAGUGUUGUUUUGAUUUCUUAAUUUAUUUUUCCAUUUCCCAGAC